AUGUCGGGCUCAUCUGAGGCGCUUUCAGAUGGCUUGCUCCGUGCACGGGCACUUCGUCGAAGACUUCAGCGCGGACAGGAAGUCGUGCAGCGAGAGAAGCCAACGUCAGCUACACUAGCUGUGCACCGAGUGCUCUUCAUCAGUCUGGCACGCCAAACGAAACGGAGGCAGGCCUUUCUGCAACAGCUACAUCGAUUUCCAGAGUUGCUGAGCCGGGUGGAGUGGAUCCGAGCUGUUGAUGGAUCCACCCUUCAGCUGGAUCAGGUGCCAAGGCGCACCGUCAGUCCUCAGGGCAUUCAGGAUGCCGGAACGCCCCACCCCAAAGUGCUGGGCUACAUUCUGACCCGUGGUGCAAUUGGCCUGGCUCUGUCAAUGCACGAAGCCUUUGAACAGAUUGCACUGGACAAGGAGGACGACCACGUGUAUCUUCUCUGUGAGGACGAUGCGAUGUUCGCACCGAGCUUCACCGAGGAGUGGACACGGCUGUUGCAUGCAACCAGCCUUCACGACCCACAGUGGGAGGUGCUUCACGUUGGCUUCCAUGCUGCCUGCACCACCAUCAGGAGCUGCGGAGGGGCUCCGGAGGCAGAGUGCCCCGUCGGCCGACCAGCUGAACUCUUCGGAUGCUACGGCCUGGCGCUACGGCCGGCUGGUGCUAGAGCACUUUGUCGGCACCUCUUCCCCGUGAGCCUGCAGGUGGACACUGAGCUUUCACGGCUGUAUCAGCACUUCGCCAAAGAGGUUGGCUCCGUGGAGGUUCGAGCCCUGAGCCGCCGGCCGGCAGACUUUACCCCACUACGUGCCUAUGCCCCGCGCUGUCCGCAAAACGAGGAAGAGGCACGUCGUGUUUCCUGGCCGGGGCCUCUCAUCGUGGCGCCUGGCUCCACCGCAGAGAACACAGAUAUCCAGGUUCUGAGCAUCCACAACCAUGCAAAGCAGUACAAGAUGUAA